AUGGCUGCGGAGAAAUCCCCCGAGGCCCCUGCGCCUCGUCUCGAGGAGGAACAGGUCGGCGGCUACGUCUCGGAGCAUAGCAACUUCGACUCGCUGUCGGCGUCAAGCAAGGAGCGCGAUCUACUGGCUGAUGAGACGGCGGAUGCUGCGCUGGGCCGAAAGGUUCACUUGGUUAACAACGCCAUUGACGAGAUCGGCUGGACCCCGUACCACUCGAAGCUGUUUAUGCUCAACGGUUUUGGAUAUGCUGUCGACUCACUCGUCAUGCUGCUGCAGUCCGUCGUGGCCGGCCAGGCCUUCACCGAGUUCGGUGAACACGGUUACGCGACUGGCAUGACCAUUGCGCUAUACUCUGGCAUGUUCGUCGGAUCUCUGUUCUGGGGCCUGGGCGCGGACAUCAUCGGACGGAAACAUGCGUUUAACUACUCUUUGAUCCUCGCCACUAUCGCCACCAUCGUCGCGGGCGGCAUGCCCAAUUGGGAGUCUCUCGGAUUCUUUAUCGCCCUAUUGGGGUUUGCCGCUGGCGGUAACUUGGUGCUCGACACAACGGUCUUUUUGGAGUACUUGCCGGGUGACAAGCAGUGGGUUGUAACGCUGAUGGCCGCUUGGUGGGGUAUCGGCCAGGCUAUUACCGGGUUCAUCGCCUGGGGUUUCCUCGUACCCGGGCAAUGGAACUGCUCCUCGGUCGAGACCUGCACCAAGGCGAACAACAUGGGCUGGCGCUAUGUCAUGUUCACGAGCGGCGCCCUGGUCCUAGUCAUGUCGGUCGCCCGUGUUACGGUCGUUAAGCUCAAGGAGACUCCCAAAUAUCUGUUAGGGAUGGGCGAGGAUGCCAAGGUCGUGGAGACUUUCGAGUACCUGGCUAAGAAGUACAACCGGCCCUGCAGCCUGACGCUUGACAAGUUGCAGGCCUGCGGCAGUAUCAGGGUCGAGGGCAAGUCGAAGUUCUCUUUCGGGGAGACGUUUGGCCACAUCCGCGGUCUCUUCACUACCAGGAAGACUACCAUCUCGACCCUCAUGAUUUGGCUCUCCUGGAUGAUGAUCGGUAUCGUCUACCCGCUCUUCUACGCCUUCCUCCCGACCUACCUCGAGAACGCCGGCGCCGACGUCUCCGUCACCCCUUACGAGAAGUGGCGCAACUACGCCUUGACUAACAUCAGCGGUGUCUUCGGUCCCAUCCUCGCCGGCUGGAUGUGCAACCUCCCCUUCCUCGGCCGCCGCUACACCAUGCUCAUCGGCGCGCUCCUGACAGCCGUCUUCUUCUUUGCCUACACCGCUGUACGAACGGCCGACCAGAACGUCGGGUUCUCUUGCGCUAUUGGGUUCUGUCUGAAUAUCUACUACAGUGUGCUGUUUGCCUACACCCCCGAGGUGCUGCCCAGCGCGCACCGCGCGACGGGUAACGGGGUCGCUGUGGCGGGUAACCGGAUCAUGGGUGCGCUGUCAGCAGUCAUUGCGACCGAGGCUGAUACAUCGACGUCGGCGCCCAUCUAUAUUUGCGGUGCCCUGUUUGCCGGGCUGGGAAUCGUUGCCGCGCUGUUCCCAUUCGAGCCGUAUGGUAGGCGGAGUUCGUAA